AUGGAUUAAAAUAAAGUAAAGUAAGAAAAGAAGCCCUUAAAAUUAAAAGAUUUAACUCCUGCCUUGAGAGAGAAAUAUAAAAAUCACCCUCUCUUUCUAGAUGAGAAAAAGAAGAAGGCAUAAAAGCCCGUUGAUUUAGACAAGUUGAAAUAGAGAAAAUAAGAAAAAGAAAAGUCAAUUGAAGAAAGAGUAGAGGAAUAUGAGAUAAAGUCAACAGAGAAAAAGGCUUUGGAAAAAGUGUUUAAAUUAUUUUGUGAUGAGAGAAUUUUAAAUUCAAAUAGAAUGAGUAAAAGUGGUAACAUAACAUUAAAUACAAGCACAAAUAAAAAUCACAUCAGCUCAGCAAAUAACAAUGAUGCUAAUUCAUAAAUUUAAAAUGAAGAUGGUGAUAAACCAAUUACUGCUUACUUCACAGCGAAAGAAGUUGAAACAAUUCUUGAUAAAAUGGGAAUGCAUUUGACUAAAUCUGAAAUAGAUCUCAUGAUAUGGGAAAUAGAUGAAAAUUUAGAUAAGAAAAUUGAUUACAGAGAAUUUGUUAAUAUGUAUAAACGUUGUAUUAUGUAGAAUUCAGAGCUUGAACCUAAGAGUUUAUUCCAUAUGGUUUAGUUCCUUAUGUACUGCAAGCCUGAAAAGUAUAAAGUGACAGUAGAAGAUACUCUUGAAUUGUUAUAUGUUAGAAUGGGUAGACAAGAUCUAGAUGGAGAAAUUAUUGCUAUUUUUGGAGAUGAUGAUAAAACAGAAGAUGGUUAAGAAAAAGAAAUUUCAUUUAGCGAGUACUUAGAGAAAAUAAACAAAAGAGCUAUUGAUUAAAGAAGAUAAAAAAUACAAGAUAAAAAAGACUAAUUUAACUACAAGCAUAACUUAAGCAGAAUGAAUAAUGAAUCUAUUAAUCACUGA